AUGACAGUGUUCCGAGCCUUUUGUGAAUCGUUCGAACAGACUGCGAAACAAUACACGUCCGGCCUUGAACACAGCUUUGCGGAACAAUUUUCCAACAGCUUCCUCGACUUUUGGAAGCAGGCGCUCUCCGACCUCAAUUCCGCACCCGCCCCGACCUACAGCAGCGUCGCCGCCGGGACGACCAAUCCCCGCCCCACCAAAGAAGACCUCCGUGUUUUCGUGCGGCUCGAUGCCGAAGCGCCGGCGCGAGACCACAGCAGCUACGCAAUUCGGACCCACAUCGCCGCCAAAGUCGGCAUCGACUUGCACCGGGUCCCGGCAGCUUUCAAGGUAAACUCCGGAUGGGCCAUCCGAACAACGGACGCUACCAUCAGGGACCUCAUCGUCCAGCGACAGUCGGAAUGGUCCGAGGACCUAGACGCGACCUCGGUGGAGAUUAGUCACAAAUGGUACACGUACGUCGUGCCCAACUGCCCCCGAAGACUUACGGACUUGCAGGGCAAUGAAGUCAACUACGAGGCGGCCGUCAAAGACGAAAUCGCCUGCCAGACCGGGCUCACACCCAUCAGCAUCCGUCCCAGCCGGCACGAUUCAAGCGACCUUCCGACCCUCGAGCAGUGCGCAAACUGCCUCGGACCCCAUUCCGCAGAUUUCUCGAAAUGCCCUGCACGCCCCAAGCGAUCACGGCGUCAUUCGCCGCCUGACGAAGGAGGAGAAACCCUCGUCCGACAGAUGGGCACCCAACUAUUUGCUCAGCGGAAGCAACAGUUCGAGCGCAUAGACCAACCCGAACAGCUAGAACGAGACUCCUCCGAGAUUCUCAAUUCCAUAGCUCCGAGCACUGCUCAGCCCGACGACCAGGAAGCCGAGCACCCAGAUGACAGGUCACGGGGCAGGAGCGAAACCUCAGUCCUAAGCUCGACCAGGACCAUGUCUCCGCCAUUCAUUAUGGUAACCACGACACCUCAGCCUCAGAGCGAGGGCAACGAAUCUAGACCAGCUUCCCCUUCAAAGAAGCGACGCAUCAGCCCCAUUGCACUAUCUCCAUGA